AUGGAGAAAGUUAACGAAGGGGCAAGUCCAACUUGCUUCAAAUUGGCCAGAAAAGGGGAAACCUUAUGCCUUGAGCAUAAGUUUUACGAUGCCAUUGCAACUCUUCUCGAAGCAUUGGCGUUAGGUACUGACGACCUUAGUAUUUUGUCUGUUAUUUACUGCCAGUUAGGGUUUUCCUACUACUCAGUCCAGGACUUUCAAAAUGCUUACAAGUACUAUUGCUACGACAUUGUGAUUUCAAGGCUUAUGAACGAUAAAGUCAGCGAGUGUAGAGGGUACGGGAACGUAGGAGUUGUAUUGAAAGCACAGAAGUUAUUUACUAACGCAAUUAUGUUCAUCAAUCGACAAGUGGCGAUUGCGGAGGCAAUAGAAGACGAGCGAUUGGUAAUUGCUUCUGAAUUUCAUGACACGGAAAGCCAAUAUAUAGCGUGUAUAAAUAUCGGAAAUGCUUGCUUUCAGCGAUGUAAUUCAAAUGAAGCGAUGAGAUAUUACGAGGCAGCGCUGAAACUUGCAGUGGAAAUCUCCAGUAGGAGCAAAAAGUCUAAGUGCUACUUCUGCCUUAUGAGAGCGGCAUAUAGCAUUCAAGACUACCCUAGAGCCGAAAUGUGUUGUCUCAAUUAUCUGGCCUUAGCUCGUGAGUUAAACGAUUUCAUAAGCAUGUUUCGAGCGUACCACUGGUUAGCCAGAGUUUAUGAGAAGUUGGGCGAUUAUCCGAAAGCUGUGUACUUUUUGGCAUGUUUCCGAGCCCUUGCUGUAGAGAUCCAUGAUAAGAAUUUGGCGACAUUUGCUGUCAAGAUCUUGAAGCAAUUUGUGCAGCAAUAUAGCUGCUUCGUUGUAUCAGAGGAAGGAAGUAUAAAAUUUGACAGUAGCCGCGAUCCGGAGCCACAGUCACACGUCUGCUUUGUGAAGACAGUGUCAGGAUCAACAAUUCUAAAAUCCACCAAUCAACCGUCAUCGCCACUCCUGUAUUUUAACGGAAUUGCUCAGGAAGAAAAGCAUCAUUUGGAGUCAGCCAGUGCAGCACCCAGAAAAUCCGAAGAUACCUUUCUUGAUCUUGUUUCGCGUGUGCAGUCAUCACGUUUGGACGAACAGCGCUGCGAUAUAUCAAUUAUGAGUUCUAGAACUGUUGCUGGUCGGCGUAAAACCGAUAGCAGAAUGGUGACUCCGAAUGAUUGUGAAAACAAUGCGAAUAUUGAAGAGGUUUCCACUAUCGGUGAGACGCUGGGUUCCAAUGCGGAACAGUCUCCAGAGCGCAAAAAAUGCCACUAUGCGAAAAAGAACACACAUGAUCCGGAGUCCCGAAGAUCUCUGGUAGACCCCGUCUUAGACUCUCAAGCCGAAAAGAUGAAUGAGCAACCAGCAGUGUUGCUUCCUGGCUUAAAAAUCGAAAAAGAAAAUUUGGACAUUAUCAACAAGCUUAGGUGCACUUCUGAAGAGGGCGGCGAUUCGAGGAUAGACGAAGCACUUAUCGACUUGUUGAUAAACGCCCAGGAGCAACGGAUGAAUGACCAGCGCUCCGAUCUGGUGACAGUAUCAAACAAUAAUCAUGUCGAUUGUGGUUCGCUGGAUGAUUUGUCUGUUGAAGAGGAGUUGUCGGUGAUGGUCAUGCGAAUGCAAGCGGGACGACUAGAAGAUCAGCGGGCUCAUCUGAAAACAACAAAGAAACCUUAG